AUGGUGCGGUCUCCCAGGAAACCGUUACCGAGGCAACUGAAGGCCGGGUGUGCCCCACACCAUCACGUGAUCAAGUCUUUAGUAACGGAAAAACAAGUUGCCUGGCAACCGCUAGCCCUAGCAACAGAGUCAAGCAGGAGCCGCAACAUGGCGGAGCCCGACACCGGGGCCUUAGGGCCACAUCAACAGGACAGACUUCGAGACUGGAAGGUGUAACAUGCUGUACUGUCCGAGUGUAAUGUGAAACUAUAAUGCACUGUGCACAUACUGCAUAAUAAUAAUGUUAUAUACUGGUUAUUUACAGUACUUGUAUGUGCAAUGUAAAUGUUAAUUACUGUUCCUGUGUGUGUAAUAUACAAUGUUUCUACUGCUCUUAAAUGUUAUUUUACAACCUCUGUGUAAUAUGUGUUAUAUCAGUUAUAUAUAUAUAUAAACAAUGUAUUUACUGCGUGUACAGUUUAAUAUAAAACUGCAUAAUACAUUGUGUUCUGCAACUGUGUGCUGUUGUCUAUGUACCUGCUGCCGUCGUCUGUCAUUUGCACUGUAGCUAUACACGUAUGUCGCUGUGUAACUGUGAAUAAAUGCCCGGAAGUGUAUUCUCUAAAUUAACCACUUAAGGACACAACUUCUGGAAUAAAAGGGAAUCAUGACGGAAUAUUUCCGUCAUGUGUCCUUAAGAGGUUAAGGAAUGGGGAGAAUUAACAAGCUAAUUGAAAAUUGUAGAACAAAAUAGUCGCACUUGAACUAAUUUUAAGAAUGUUUCCAAUUCAACGAUUUUGACUUACUAUUAGACAUUUCUGUGCCAAUCACUGAUCCUACAUGUCAGUAAUAGUUCGAUCCUUUCUCCAUGACGUCCCUCCCCCUCUGGCGGCACUGUUUUUUGGUUGGAAUAACCGUUUAAAGAAGCUCUCACACCCCCAUAAUAACUUCAGCUCAUUUAAAUUGUUAUGGUGGUAACAAGGUCCAUGCGGUUUGCCCUGGUAUAACUCUGAAACUGGUCCUUCCAGCAGUGACUAUCGCUGUGUUGGUGAAUUUUUCCAAGAUCAUUUAUUUUGACCUACAUUUUGCCAUUUGAAAUAUUUGCUACAGUUGAAAUGAUCUGCAAUAUAUCAUUACUUCUAUCGCAUCUGUUUGUAUAAUAAGCAAUAUAAUUACUGCUCCUCUGUGUGUAAUAAACAUGAUAUCUGCACAGAUAUAAUUAGUAUUUUGUAUAUAUUUGAUUUGGAUGGUUCCUGAAUCUACUAAUAUACACAUGACUCUAUUCUCUGCUGCUGUUGUAUGUGCAUGCCAGUGUCUAGACCAAUUUCCUCUGUCAUUGUAAAUCCAUUCCUGGCUGCUCCAUUCGCUUCCAUUUAAAGCUUGUCUUGUCGUCUGUUUGCAGAUUCAAACUCGGAUUUCUGACGAGAAAUACCUGAGGGAGCACAAGGAGGUGUAUCUGCUGCUCUCGUAUUUUACACGGUAAUGAGUCUACCCUGUUUAGACACACCAUGCUAAACCCCCAUGUGUUUUAAAAUAAAAAUCUCUCUCUACUUCAUAUUUUUCCUGGGAAUUGCAUAAAUACAUCUCCCUUGUAAUAUGUGGAAUUCAUAUACUGCAGGAGGGAAAUCCGCAUGCACUGAGUAGAUACCAAAGGUGUCCUUGAUUACUCGAUUUUUUUCUUCCAUCAUAUGAAACAUCCUACCAAUACAUUUUCAUGCACUACCUGUCAGCGUGAAGAAGUGCUGUGUGUCCAGGAAAACAGUAUAGAUUAGAUGGAGUAUAGUUGACAUUCAUGAUGCCAAAUUUGCUAUCUGUAUUUUCCCCAUGGAUUGUCUAUAACGACAUCCCGAUACAGAAUUGAUCAGAAUUAGAAAAUUUAGUGGAAAACAGUUAUAACAAAUAAAUUAACUAAAAUAGGAAACUUUUGACAUUCCACAAUACCUUAGCCACAAAAAAAGUGAGCAAAUUGAGAAUUAAAAAAAAAAUACAGUUUGUACCUUGUGCUUGCAAGUUUAAAACAUAUUCAAAUGUGUUGAACUUUACAGCAUCUUCCAUAAAAUGGGCCCAGAUUUUGCUGUUUAGAUGGUCUCCUCAAAGUAACACAGGUAGUUCAGUCAGGACUCAUCAGUGCUCAUCAUGAACAUAGUUAUGGAGUUUAGGAGACCGAUGUUGAUCAUAUCUGAUAAAGGAAUGCAGUGUAAGAGGCUUUGUCUUAGGGCCGUGAUAACUAAGCUUACAAUGUAUGUGUAUGUGUAUAGAGGUUUUCAUGGUUGAAGGAAUAUCAGAGAAUCAGCUAGGGAGGGGAGAGGAGGCCCGGCCCGGCCCCUGGGUUGGGUUUGAGUAUUGGUACUGUGUGGGCUGGGUGUACUUUGGAAGCAAGGAGCCAGAGCCACCUCUGGGACUGGAAGAUUUGUAAGGCAGGAGGGGGUGACCAGAGAGGGAGGACAUAUGUCCACCUAACUCAUGACCCGUCAGCCGAUGGACCCAACCAAUCAAGGAUAUAUUGUCUUGGAGUUUGGAUUAUGGUUUUGCCAUAAAUUUUACCCAGGGCUCCCAAACUUCUCAGAAGAGUGUGUAUUUAUGGGAGAUGGAGGCAUGGAUCUCCUCCAUAGUUUUGAGUGCCACUACUUUAGCAAUUCAUUCCCUUACUGAUGGAGCAGGGUUUUUCCAUUUUGUGACAGACCGCCUGGCACCCAGACCAGUUACCUCCGUCAAUCGUGGCUUCCUAGUAAUCCUUGAGUACCAUAAGCACCGCACUGGAACACCACAAACCCCACAAAUCGCCGCAGCUUGGUUGGGGUCUCGAUGUCCUCCACCCACCCUGGACCCAAGACCAGGAUCCAACUUCCAGUGGGCAGACCUCUCCUACUCCAGAGAGUGUAGCAGUCUUUCCCCAGAGCAGAUACAUCUGUUCCCCCCACACAUCAGAUGAGACUCGAUGUUGAGGGUAGGCAGAAACUCAUUUAUUGGCAGCCACAACUGGCCUUACGUGCAGGUCCCCAUGCAAGGGGCACUCCCCACUGGACCUGAUAGUAGAAUACAGUAAAAACAACCACACAAUGACAUUGGCUUUCAGGUCCAGGACACUCCCGUACUCAAAUAAGAUAAUCCCUCCUUUGUACCUGGGAGAUAAUUGAAUCAGGAACUGUACUAACCUAACCUAAUCCAAUUAUCUCCAAGCACAGAAAAACAUACUUUUAAAAGUACCCCCAAAACCCAUGGAAACCCCACAAAAGUUACAAGCCCUGAUAGCCCCGAUCUGGGUGACCAGCAUGUCCAAAAAUCAACCAGACCUGUUCAGGGGUUCAGGAAUUUCCUGGAAGUCAUAGUUUUGACCGACCUCACGCAUGGUGCCAUGCCCAAAACAGUUCCAUGAAAUCAGUGCUAACGGUCGGUCAAUUUCGGUAGUCUUUUACAGCUUUCCCUGCAGGGCCCAUAGUCUGGGCAGGCAAGCAAGCUCCUCUAGGAACUCGUGGCAAACUCACAUGGGAAGUGGAGUUUGUCAUACAUUUGACGGGAAUAAGAAGGUUGGCGGCUAUGAGAAGAUGAGUAAGAAGAAUUUGUUGUGUCUUGGGGAAGGGGCAAGGUAGAAUCAGGAACACUAGUGUCUGUGGGGUGAGAGGUAGACCACCUGCCUUUCUUAUGUGAGAUGUUUUUAUCUGGUAAAAUGUUGACAUCUUGCAUGAAAGCUUUUUAACAAUGAAUUUACAUGGCACUUCCUUCUACUACAACAUAUGACUGAUUUAAUCUUUGUAUGCUUUCUUCAAGGGAUGUCCUGCUGAGGCGACCAGAUAAUAUUCGGGAGUUUGCAGCAGGUAACCCUACUUUAAUUAUUAUAAUUGAGACCAGAGCGUUUUAAAGAGAUUGAUGGCCUGAUAAAGACAUGCAGAUUUUCUGUAAGAAGCUCACUUUCAGGAUGGGUUGAGACUAUUGGAACAGGUGAAAUAAACUAUCACUCUCUACUAAAUGUGCAAGUACUUUUUUUUUCUUCGAUCCUCAGUGAUGACCUACACCAGUAUUUCAGCUAAGGUGUAGUUUAUUAGUUUUGUUGGCUUUAAACUGUGUGACUAUUAGCCUGACACCUUUACAUCAUUGCCUACUCAUCACAGGACUACUAAAAUGUAAUCCAUAAUAACCACCCUGAGUUACUGCACAAUCAUUCUAUGUAUUCAACACAGGGUUCUUAUAGCUCAGUCACUAAUUACACACCCAAGGGUACUACACAACCAUUACAUAAAUAAAACAAAUCUCUUAUAGGCCAAUCCUUCAUUACCCACCCAGGUCUGCUAAUCAAACACACAGCCACAUUUCGUGCCUCACUUACUUUUGUCUGUAGCUUGAAAUGGAAGUGAGUGCUGGUCAUACAGAAAUAUUGGGGGUGCAGUAAUCUAAAGAGUUUAAGGAAAGGACCAAUUUAAAAAAAAAAGUCUAAUUUCUUAACAGGAGUGUCUGUAUAACAGCUCAUCGCAGUGUACUAUUUACCAUUGGAGACCCAUCACAGAACUCCCACAGACCAAUCCAUAAAUACCUAUGCAGGUAUACUAUGCAUUACUACAUACAUAUUAGCUCCUGUAAACCUAAAACCCUGUUUACCCACCCUGGGUACAACAAUCCAUUACAUACUUUUUAUAGAACUCCUAUACUUCAUCUCCUAAUUACCCAUUCCUUUAAUGAUUACUAUAAACUGAUUCCAUAAUAGCCACCCAGUGGUUUCACAGAGCAUUACACACUGUGCCCCACUGAUUUUCUGUCUUAAUCUCAGCACACUUACAGACACCUGAAAAGAGUAGUAGAUUCACACAAUCAUUCCACCACAUACAUGGCAAAGGAUUUAAAUGUUUGUCUCGACGCGGCAAUAAAUCCUCUUUAUUAGAAGGUGAUCAUAUAUGAUGCAAGGUUUUGAUAUGUACAGCACUGCUGGGUUUGUUGGUCUCUUAUUAAUAAAGAACUAUAAAUAUACACAGUGUAGUCGAGGUGCUAGAGUGUAUUUGUGGUGGAUGUAAAAUUGCUGUUAUUUUUGGUCUGCUUUGCUUUUCUCUGCCAAUUACGAAGGGAGCAGAGACUAUAACCUGUCCAUCCAUUUGCCUGUCCAUCAUAACUUCCUGUCACCCUAUCCUCCAUUAUAUUAGAGGUGACAUGUGCUUAAUCUCAAAGAACAUUGAAAAGGAGGAUAUAGAAUAAAUUAGCCUCCCCCUGCACUUGCACACCUCGUUCAUCAAACUCACGUAAACCAGCAGUGACUGAUACUUUGUAUCGUAAAACUGUCAUUUGAAGCAGUAGAAAUAAUGUGGAUUUUCAUGGAUUAGGGAAAACGGCUGUUGGCAUUGAUCCCUAGAGGAAUAUGCAGUGUUAGUACAGGCCCUGGGGCUUAGUAAUGUGUUAAAUGCAGUCUUUACUGGGCACCAAAUUAUAUUGUCAAUUGAUGUAUCGGACUCUUCAUUGACAAGGCGAGUAAACAGAUGGUCAGACACUCUUUAUGUAUGUCCCUGCACCUAACUGUAAAUCUGUAUGUCUAUGCUUUUCUGUCCAUUAAAGCAUGUCCAACUGGAACCAGUCAUGUCCCUGUCUUGAAUACCAAAUGGAAUGUCAUCUCAGGGUUCUAACAGGCAUAUUGCAUGGCAUGCUAUCUAUAUUAUUAUUAUUUUAUUAUUUAUAUAGCACCAGCAAAAUUCUGUUGCACUGUACAAUGGGUGGACUAACAGACACAUAAUUGUAACCAGACAAAUGGAAGCACAUGAACAGAGAGGUUGAUUUUUGACAGUUGCAGGAGAAGAGUCAUGGGGGGAGGGGAAUGAAAAUCCGCAGUUUAAAUGAUAUGCUUUCCUGAAGAAGUGUGUUUUCAAAGAUUUUUUGAAGGAGUGGAGACUGGGUGAAAGUCAAACGGAGAAGGGAAGGGAGUUCCACCCUGAAGAAGUCUUGGAGGCGAGCAUCAGAUGUGCGAGUACAGACAGAGGAUAUUUGUAGGCCUUCAGCGGAGCGUAGGGGCCUCGAUGGGACAUACUUGUAUAUUUGGGAGAAAGGGAGGGUUGGAGCAGCAUUAUGUAGGGACUUGUAAGCAAGCACAAGAAUCUUAAAUUGAGCCCUAUAUCUAACUGGAAGCCAAUGUAGGGACUGACAGAGUGGGGAGGCGUGGGAGGUGCGGGCGGACAUAAAAAUGAGCCUUGCCGCCGCAUUCAUAAUAGAUUGCAGCAGUGCAGUUUGGAAACACGUAAGACCACUGAGAAGGGGAUUGCAGUAGUCAAGACGAGAGAACAACGGCAUGGAUAUAUAAGGUUAUAUUUAUGGACUCCAUAGUUCUAGUAAUUUUACAUUUUGUAAAACCAAACUUUGUGGUAAUCAGGAUUGACUUGGUAGUGCAGUGUAACAUUAUUUCAUUUGAUUCAAAUAGAUCUUAGAGACUUGUAGUAAUGUAAAAAUAGUGACUAAGUGAAACAUUUUGUAUUCAUUUAUCCACUAUUUUGGGUUACUACCUAUCUCUAAAAUAUCUUCCUUUUCAACAUUGACAUGUAAUGCAUGUAAGGAACAGCAGUUCAAUUGUCAUAAUUUUUAUUUUACAAGUUCAACAGUUCCUUACAUGCAAUGGCUGUUCUUUAUCUAUAGAACCAACAUGUUUGAAGCUAAGCCUGCCCAAUGUAGGGCUAAGGAGUAACAGUGCAUAAUGGGACUUUGUGCUGAAAUGUACUUAAAGAUUUCUAUUGGAACCUAUCAACCCACAAUUUGUUUCUGAAUUAUAUCAGGUUUGUUUAACAACGUACACAGCUCUAUUUUGUGACCUGAUAAAUGUAUUCUACCAGUUUAUCCAACAUAAUCUCCUGUACUAUUAAUGGUGCACCCACCACAUUCUGGCCCCCUGAGCAGUGUAUAUCCUAUCAAACAGCAUUGUACUAAUUUACAUCUUGUGUAUAUGUUUUUCUGCUACUUUUCAUAUCCUAUUUUCUAGUUAAUUAGAACAUAUGCCCUGUGUACCAAAGCAAUAAUACUGUAAAUGUCUUUAGAGAUGAAUUCUGUUUUGUUGUUCUGUUGUUGUAAAGUUUUUUUUUUUGUUCUAAGUGAUGUUUUCGAUUACCCACAAAAAAAAUUAUUUUGUCUAUUUGAAAUGAUUGGAAGGCAUUGCUUGAGUUUUUACCUUAAAAAAUUAGCAUAUCAAGUUAUACAAAAUAAUCAGUGUUUGCUAAACAUAUUCUCUUAUGUCUGUUAUCCUGUAUAUGUUGGAUUUGCGUACAAAGUGUGUUUACCUAUGGGUCUGUCAAUGUAAUUCUGUCUUGGAUGUACUGAAUGUAUUUUCUUGCCACACCUCUUCACAAAUUACAUUCACCGACUGAAGAUAUAUUUGUAGCUAUGUCUCCUUACUUGAUGCAGUGUGUGGCGUGGUAUUUGGGUACAAAUUACAGAUGCUACUUAUCUAGGUCUGAUGGCCUGCCAGUCUUUAUAUCUUGACAUGAAACUUCAUCUGAUGAGAUUUCCUGUCUGUCAGUUUGAAAUUGCAAGUUUUCUACAUUGUAAGCCCUCCUUAACAUUUGCAAGGUAAUUCGUAGUUCAAGAUUCUUUUUUUGGGGGGGUUUUGAGGGGGGUUAUACAAUAAGGAGAAGAUAGAAUAAUUCCUUUAGAGAUUUACUACUUUAUUUUGUUUCCCAGUAAUUGAUUAUUUAAACCAGGGCUGCCCAACAGGUAGAUCCCCAGAUGUUGUAGAACUACAACUCCCAUGAUGCUUUGUCAUUCUAAAUGCAUUCCAAAGGCAUGUAGAACAUUAUUGGAGUUGUAGUUCUACAACAUCUGGGGAUCUACCUGUUGGGUAGCCCUGAUCGUCAAUUCUGAUGAUGUCAACCAAAGAGGCUAAUCGUUCGUGUGGCCAGACAUGAGAAGCCCUGCGCCGUGCUGGAAAAAGAUGAGUUUUAACUCUUUUACUUUCUUGACAGGUGGGCUGAGGGCCUAAAUAAUAGAGAUCAACCGAUACUGAUUUUCAUACCGAUAAUCUGUGAACUUUCAGGCCAAUAGCCGAUAACUUACCAAUAUUCUGUACAUUUACCAUUUUGAAAAAAUAAACUAUUUCUAAAGGUAAAUACACAAAAUAUGCAUGCCACGAGUAGUGUAUGCAGUGUGUUUAGACAGGGGAGCUAUGUGUGUUUGUGUAGUGUGUGUGUAGUGGAUGCAGUGUGUAUUUGUGUAGUGUGUAUAUAAUGAAUUCAGAUUGUGUGUUUGUGUAGUGUAUGUAUAGCGAAUGUAGUGUGUAGUGUAUGUAUAGUGAAUGUAGUGUGUGGUGUGUGUAAAGUGAAUGCAGUGUGUGUGUAGUGUGCAUAAAGUGAAUGCAGUGUGUGUGUAGUGUGCGUAAAUACACACACUACACAAACACACGCUGCAUUAUAUAAACACACUGCAUUCGCUAUACAGACACUACACAAACACACACACUGCAUCAUAUACACAUUGUGUUUGUGUAGUGUGUUUUUAUAAUGCAGUGUGUGUUUGUGCAGUGUGUUUAUAUAAUGCAGUGUGUAUUUGUAUAAUGCACACUACACAAACACACUGCAUUAUAUACACACACUACAUUCACUAUACAAACACUACACAAACAAACACACACUGCAUUAUAUAAACACACUGCAUUAUAUACAAACACUACACAAACACACACACGGCAUUAUAUACAAUGUGUUUGUGUAGUGUGUUUAUAUAAUGCAUUGUUUGUGUAGUGUGUGUAUAUAAUGCAGUGUGUGUGUGUUUCUGUAGGUAUGUAAUUAUGAGGAGGGGGGCAUUUUUUUAUUUAAAUAUUUAAUUAUUAAUUAUUUUUUUUAGUCCCCCCUCCCUGCUUGUUACCUGGCCAGGGAGGGGAAUAUAGCAUUCCCUGGUGGUCCAGUGACAUGCAAAGUACAGAGGGGGCCCGCAGCAAGCGCUUACUUACCUUCCCAACAGCUCCCUUCAGCUCCCCUGUGCAAAUCUCAUGGCCAGCCUGCCGCGCGGAGCGUUGCCAUGGUAACCCGCGGCACCGCUCUGCCGGCCGUGGAACUUGCAAGAUUUACACUGGGGAGCUGCUGGGAAGGUAAGUAAGCGCUUGCUUGUCAUGGGCCCAGCGGUCCUGGUAUGUAUUUUCAGCAAUAUUGGUAUCUCUACAGAAUAUCGGCCGAUAAUAUCGGCCAGACCAAUAAUCGGUCGAUCCCUACUAAAUAGUGAUAUUAGAACUAUAGUGUCAGGAAUACAUGUUUGUGUUCCUGACACUAUAGGCCCCUUUAAAUUUUGCUUUAAAUUCUCACUUUAGUUAAUAACCCCAAUAGUGGAAUAUUUAUGUUGGACUCUCUUUACUUAUGAUGGUACUAUAUUUCUUUGUCAAUCUGUUUUUAUUGAGAUAUAUAUAUAUAUAUAUAGAUAUAGAUAGAGAGAGAGAGAGAGAGAGAGAUAUUUUACUGCCAAGUUUGCAAAAAAAAAAAGCAUUUGACCGAUAAACAAAUAGCAGCCAACAUGCCGCAAUGGAGAUACUUUUUAUUCCAGUUUUGGUGAGUUUGAUACAUCACUUAAUAAAUAUGACGUAGAAUCUCUGUCAAGAUUUGUUUCAUAACCUUCAAAGUUUAAGAAAUAAAAAAAAAAUUGGUGGCAACAUUUCAGAGACUAUUUAUUAUUGUCAAUUAGUGAGCAAACUGAUAUAAAUAGUGAAAUAGAAAUGAGUCUGGGGCUUCCCCUAUUAACCAGUAUCGUCUAGGAGGUAUGGUCCUUUAUUUUCCCAUAUGCCAUGAACAGAGGUGUGAGUGGCAGGGCCAGUGGCUGCCUACAAGCUUAUUCUUGCAAUCCCCCUGGGUCUUGGAAUGGGUGCUAAAUAAUAAAAUAGAGGGUCACAGCUGAAGGGUAAUGGGUUUGGCAGGAGCAACCCUGUCAAUCACGUAGUGAUCACAGCCCUGAUACACCACCAAUACUAAAUAGCCUGUACUUGCUCUAAUAAAUUUGUUGAAAUAUAUGCUUGGCAUAUUCUGCUUACCGUUAAACAAUUCAGAUGUCUUUCAGCGCUGUACACCUAGAUGAUUUAUUGCAUUUUCUAUUUUUUACAUUCAAUAGGUACCCCUGUUCCCUUUUGUUUGCAUUAUAUUACUAAGAGAUACCAAGCUGUGAAAUCAAUAGUUAACCAGAUACUGGUUGAAGAUUAACCCUGAGGCUCUGUGUCUUGAAAGGACCUACUCUCACUAUUUUACAAUAUCUGCUAGAGGAUCAUGGGAGUUCAGCAAACCUUAUUAUUAUAUUUCCUUUUAUGACUGUUAAAGCAGCAUAGUGUGUUUCUUUUUACUAGCAAUAUGCUGCAAAGAGUUAAUAAGUGCAGACUGUGUGAUUAGUCAGGUAGGGGUAUGAGGAGUUUGAGCAUGAAAUAAUAAAAUAGAAAAAUUCUGAUCUAUAAAUUGCAACUGUUUUGCUCUCAUAUCCCGGAGAAGGACGGAAGUUAUAAUCCAUAAUUAAUUUAAUUAUUGUGAGGACAUAAUCUUCCUCUACAAAUAGUUUGUGGCAAAUUGCAGCCAGGAUAAACAGAGUGCAGGAUGGGGGAUGUGAGAAGAAUGGCCACUGGAAAACAGGAGGCAGCGGGAGACACAGAUAUCAGAUAAAAUGUAUUAUGUAAUCCAAUAUUUCUUCUCCGUACAUCUCUUCUAAAUUCAUCCAAUUUCCCUAAAUAUGUUUAUACCCAUUCAAUGCAUCUUAUUUCCUCAUUGUCAAUGUGGCUCUUUCAGUAUUUCUUACCAGCCACAGCCUCCUGCAUCCCUUGCUCUGCCUCGUACACCCCACAGUUUCUUUCUAGCUAGCUACUAAUUGAGUAUGGACAAUGUAUCAAUAAUAAUUUUAGGUAGCUAUUUAUGUAAUUGGGUAAAUUUUCUAGUGCAAAAUUCACGCAUUAACUGCAGUUUAUGCACACAUUACUUUGGGUUUAAUUGCUGUGGUGCUCUGUGAUAAACCUGUACACAUAGCACAUUACUGUGAGUUCUAUAGCUGUGAUGCUUUGUGAUACUCAUACACAUUGUACUUGACUAUGAGUUGUGUUGAUGUGGAUGGAGCUCUGUGCCACAGUCACACACUUAGCAUGUUGUUGUGGGUUGGAGCUCUGUAAUACAUACACACUUUGAUUACUGUGAGUUGCAUUGCCUUGGAGCUUUGCAUUUAAUACAGAAAAACCACACAUUUUAAUUCCAAAACAAGAGAAACCCCACAGAGGAAAUAUGGGCAGGUAGAUUAAGGUACCAAAAUGAGACACGUAGGACAUAUCACAAAACAGAGACAUUAUAAUACUGGUCCAAUAUAGAGAUUUCCUGGAUAAGGAUGAUAUAUUAUGUCAAAAUGUCCACUCUGCUGGUGAUUCUAUAUUUAUUGUGCGCCAUAUAUAUUAUGUAAUUAUUAUAUUUUCAUGUAUCUAGAUAAAAAAGAAGCCCCAAUGAUCUUGUGCAUGGUGCCAUGGCAUUCCCAAAAUUAAAGCAUAUUACAUGGCAGCUACAUUAGCCCAACUCAUUUUAGUUGUGACAGCAGAUCAUCCACUUUUAGAAAACAAAUUCUUGCAGCUGUUUACUCUACACUAACUAAUGUGAGCUACCCUCACUAAAUACUCUUUCAGCUUCCAGACACUCAUUGCAGACAUGAUUUCCCCAGCUGCUGAAGGUUGCUAUGCUCUUAAUUUGUUCUCUGCUAUCUAUGUUACAAUUACUGAUUCUAAACAAACUGUACCUAAAGAAAAAUAAACUAUGUAAGACAUUUCCUGGACAUAGCAGGAAUCAUACCCUUCCCAAAACUGCUAGACAUAUUCAGACUCCAGAACAAUGAUAUAUUCACAUACCCACGUCUUGAAUAUGUUCUCCACUCUCAGAAUGUUCAAACUCUUGACAUAACCAAACUUAGCAGUUUAAAAAAAGAUGUUUUACUGACACUUGAACAGCUCAGACACCAUUCUCAUGAGCUCCAGUGACAAAACUGCUGAAAAUCGUGAUUUUAAGACAAAAAUUGGUAAAGAGACAACAUACCGUCUCUCCAUGAAGAAGCGGGCUACCGGCACAUGCCUUUCCUGUACAAUCUGACGGGCAGGAGAACUCGCCAACGAUCGGGGGCCUACCCUGCCCUCCUGCUUGCUAAGGCCUUCACGCUUGACUGGGCUCCUGUCCUGGAGGCAUUGGGCCCUCCCCAGCUGCCUGACGAGAAUCAACUACGCAGCACUGACACAAUAGGCAGGCGGUCCCAAAAACCACAAGCAGGUGGGAAUAAAGACACUUGUGAUAUUAGGAACCUGCUACAAUGCUCCACGUCCCAUAGGGCCCCGGCACCCUCAGACCUGGAGGCCUGCUCCACAUGCUCCGAUUUACCACCGGAGACAAUGGCGGAACCCGCAACAGCCAUGGCAAUCUCCACAACACCGUCGGAAGGGGACACGUGGAAUCUCGCCACGAAAGAAGAUAUCCGCAAUAUCAUGUUGGAGAUGAGACAGAUGUUGGCAGCUGAUGUGGACCUGCUACGCACCGAAGUUCAGUCGGUGACAGCACGGAUACAGGCUUCCGAGGAGGAUGUCGCGGACG